AUGAAUGCGUCGGCUGCGGCCACGCCCCCUCUCCAAACGGCGGCGAUGAUGGAGGGAGCAGCUCACGCUGGCCAGGCUCCCGACCGAACGUGUCGAGUCAUCUCUCCUCAGGGCCAACCCCUCCUAUUCAUCGCAUCUCUCCCUGGCUCCGUCUCCUCCACGAGAUGUAGCACCACCCCACGCCAUGGACGCCCUUGCCGGCUGCAUCUCUCCAUGCGCCGCCAUUCCUAUGACACCGCCGCCCGGCAGUCUCCACCAGCACCACGACGGGCGUGGCCUCUGCACGCGCCGUCACCUCCCCUCCAGAUCCGGCCGUCGUCGAGGGCAUAUCCAUCCAGCAGUGCGCCGUCACCUCCCCUCCAGAUCCAGCCGUCGUCAAUGGCGUAUCCAUCCAGCAGCGCGCCGUCAUCCCAAUCAUCACCGUCCACGGCGUCAUCGCCCAGGCCCAGUCAGGGGCUGGCAAGACCUCCAUGA